AUGUGCAAAGGCGCAGAACCAAAAGAACACAAGUUCUUCCCAACAACUUCGUUUGAUCACAAAACAAGAGAUUCUAAAUGUUGUGAGCUAUGUGGAUUACAAGCUUCCUUGUAUUGUCAAGCUGAUGAUGCAUAUUUGUGUACAAAAUGUGAUGAAAAAGUUCAUGAGGCUAAUUUCUUAGCCCUUAGACAUAUUAGGUGUUUUCUUUGCAACACAUGUCAGAACCUUACGAGAAGAUAUCUUGUUGGAACAUCAAUGGAGAUGAUACUUCCUGCCAACGUAAGCUGGAACAAAGGAAACUUGCCUCAUUACAGCAACCUUAUAAAGUGUUCAACAACACAUAAUAGUAGUUCCAUGUUUCCUUAA